AUGAACUCUACUAUGUUUAGCUCCACGGAUUUGCUGCCAGAAUACCAGCAGCAACCUUUUAUGGAUCCGUACUAUAACAACUGGGCAACAGCAGCACCACCUCAUCAACAUCAACACCAUCUACAACAUCAAGUCCAAAAAUCAACAACAACUUGUUCUUCUUCUUCCUCUUCUACUUCUUCUAACAAUAACACACCGGUUGCCGCUGCUGCACCACUGCUGAUAGGUGCUGAUAUGGCUCCAAUCCAAACCACUCCUUCACAGCACGCAGAGCCUGCACAGCUGCUAACACCUCCAUUGACAGCCAGCGCUGCUGAUGCUUCUGUCUAUGGAUGGCCUACAGCAACUUCUGCUACCAAUACUUCUUCUACUGCUGCUUCUGCUCCUGCAAUGGCUUGUGUUUCUUCUGAUAUGGUGACAUAUGUGACUCCUCAGAGCCGACCAGACCAGCAGCAGCAGCAGCAGCAGCAGCAGGGGCAACAUUUUGUGGUCUCUUCUGGCAUCAUGACACCGGAAACAGAUCCCGAAUUUAAUGUUGCACAGUUUCCUAAGGACGUUGUUUCUCCCAGUAUUAGUAUUUCGUGCAUCUCGCCGGUCGCCGAUGCCGCCAUGGUUCCUCAACAGCCUCAGCAAAUGCUUCCACUUCCUCAGCCUCUUCCUCAACAGCAGCAGCAGCAUCAUCAUUAUCAGCAGCAGCAGCAGCAGCAACAGCAGCAACAUCAUCAAAAUCAACAACAUCUGCAACAACAUCAACACCACCCACAUGGUCUGUAUUAUACAUUCCCAACACCCACAGAUGCUUCUAAGCUUCUACAUUCUCAACCCAUGUAUUCCUCACCUGCCCCUCCUCCUCCAUCUAUCCAGUACAUCACCACCCAGCCGUUUGCCCAGCCCGUUGGUCUCCAAGAACCACUUAUGCACGCCGGCCCUACUGUUACCACAGCUGCACCUCAGCCCCCUCUUCUUCUUGUGUCUCCGGUCAAUGUGCCUCAGCUCGGACCUAUCCCCAUUGCUCAGCCUCAGCAGCUGCAGCCUGCUGCUCAGUUUCAUCCAAGAGCCCGAGCACCAAUAAUGACCACUGCUCCUGUGGUGGCUACACCUACUUCUACUUCUACUACUACUACUACUACAAUUACGACUCCACCAAUAGUGCCAUGUAUUGAGGAUCUGCAACAGACUAAGAUGGUGAAGUUAUCGAGAAUGACUGCUAGCCGCAUCGAGAUGAUUAAGAAACUGGCUGAGCAAAAGGGCAUCCAGCCUCAGAUUGUCGAAAGCGUCUUGUUACUGUACACUCCGGCCGGCCGGGAAAAGUACUUUAAGUAUCUGCAGAUUGACGACGACAUGAGUCGGCUAGAUGGCGAGGACAUUUACAUUAAGAUCACAGUCAAUGGUGGAGGUACCAAUGCUGCUCCUACUCCUAUGGAGGAUGAGGUACAAAAGCAGCGCGUUGCGGCGGCAGCAGCAGCAGCUAAGCAAGCGGUACUUGCUCAGAAUGCGGCUCAGAUUCUUUAUGGGUCUCCUUCGCAGGCAGCAGCAGCAGCGAAUGCGGCAGCAGCAGCAGCCGUUUCAGCAGCAGCUGCGGCAUCUGCGUCGGGUUCUAGUAAGAAGAAGAGUCGCAAGAACCGUCGUGAUUAUGUGAAGCGUCCUUUGAACUCAUUUAUGCUGUAUCGCAAGUCACAAACACAGUCUGCCAUGGCUUAUGCUGUUCACUCUAAGCUGAAGCUUAAUCAUCAAAAUAUUUCUCAGAUUGUGGGGCUUAUGUGGCAAACAGAAUCUAAGGAAGUUAAGGAUAAGUUUGCCUACUUUGCUGGUCGUGAGAAGGAGAUUCACAAGGUUCUGCAUCCUGAUUACAAAUUUUGUCCUCAGAAGAAGAAGAAGAAACUUGAGAAUGAUGAGGUUUACUAG